UUCGGUGGAGUCUCCAUGUUGCUGCGUAUUCCGAUAUUAUGACGCAGUUUCGUUUAAAAGUGGAGUUUUACUUUUUGCCUUAAGUCAAAGGUUAUUGCCGGCAGUUUUGCUACAAUACUGCCAGUUAAAGUAGUUGGAGAGUGAAGAUUCGUCGAAGUUCGGGAAGCUGAAAGAUCGAAGAAAGCUGAUGUCGUCUGUGAAGAACCUUUGUUUAAUCUUCGCACAAGGAAUUAGUAACCUGUGUCCGUGUUAACUCCUGCUUUGCCAAAAAAGAGCACAGAGUUUGAUGCAGAGUUUCGCCAAGAAAAGAUCCAAGAAUCCACAGUUCCGGUGUUUGCAUACAACUCCUGAAAUACAGAAGACUGGGAGAGGACAUGCGACGAUGGCAGGCAGCCACAACAGUCGAAUUAAGCUUCAAUUCCUUCCGACAGACUUCGCGCCUUACCGGGAAAUCCAAAGGCUGAAAUAAAAGCAUUGUAAACCUCUUGUAUCCGCGUGAUGACCGGAUACACUAUUUAAGUUAAAAAUGACAAGGAAUUUGUCUACGGGGAUCUCAAACACAGCACUCCAGUUCUGCUGAAUCUGUCCAGAUAUUUCAGAAGUGGAGCAAGGGAUUCACUCAAUCAUUCUUCCUGCUGAAACAGUGGUAAUGGAUUUAUCCAGUGAUCUCAACUGAAGGUACAUCAGCAAGUUCACACAGGAGAGCGGCUAUUCACCUGCUGAGUCUGUUGGAAAGGAUUCUUUCGGUCAUCCACCCUAAUGGCACACCAGCAAGUUCAUACCAGGGAGAUACCAUUUACCUGCUUGGACUGUGGGAAGAGAUUCACUAAGUCAUCUAAACUGAAGGUACAUCUGCGAGUUCACUCUGGAGAGAGGUUGUUCACCUGCUCAAACUGUGGGAAGCAAUUCACUCGGUCAUCUGAAUUGCUGGUACACCAGUCAGUUCACACUGGGGAGAGGCCAUUCACCUGCUCAGACUGUGGGAAAGGAUUCACUUGCUCAUCUAAUCUGAAGGUACAUCAGCGAAUUCACACUGGAGAGAGGCCGUUCACCUGCUCAGACUGUGGGAAAGGAUUCACUUGCUCAUCUAAUCUGAAGGCACAUCAGCGAAUUCAUACUGGAGAGAGGCCGUUCACCUGCUCAGACUGCGGAAAGGGAUUCACUGAAUCAUCUCAACUGAAAGUACAUCAGCAAGUUCACACCGGGGAGAGGCCAUUCACCUGCUCAGACUGUGGGAAAAGAUUCACACAGUUAGCUAACCUACAAGCACACCAGUCAGUUCAUACUGGAGAGUGGCCGUUCACCUGCUCAGACUGUGGGAAGGGAUUCACUUCAUUAUCUCAACUGAAGAUACAUCUGCGAGUUCACACCGGGGAGCGGCCAUUCACCUGCUCAGACUGUGGGAAGGGAUUCACUCAGUCAUCUCAACUGAAGGUACAUCAGCGAGAUCACACUGGGGAGAGGCCGUUCACCUGCUCAGACUGUGGAAAAGGAUUCACUCAGUCAUCUCAACUGAAGUUACAUCAGCGAGUUCACACUGGGGAGAGGCCAUUCACCUGCUCGGACUGUGGGAAAGAAUUCACUCAGUCAUCUCAUCUGAAGUUACAUCAGCAAGUUCACACUGGGGAGAGGCCGUUCACCUGCUCUGACUGUGGGAAGGGAUUCAGUUGCUCAUCUAAAAUGAAGGUACAUCAGCGAGUUCACACUGGAGAGAGACCAUUCACCUGCUCAGACUGCGGGAAGGGAUUCACUCGGUCAUCUGACUUACUGGUACACAAGUCAGUUCACACCGGGGAGAGGCCAUUCACCUGCUCAGUCUGUGGGAAGGGAUUCACUCGGUCAUCCAACCUACAGAGACACCAGCGAGUUCACACUGGAUUGAGGCCAAUCUCCUGAUCAGACUUUGGGAAGAGAUUCUCUCAGCCAGAUGAACCAAAUGUGCAUCAUUGAGUUCACACUGGGGAGAGGUUGUUCAUCUGACAACACUGGGAAGCGAUUCACUCAGUCAUUUAACCUUAUGUAACUCUCACUUUGGCUAACAGUUUAACAUAGGCAGUCCCCGGGUUAUGAACGAGAUCUGUUCCGAAGUCUGUCUUUAAAUCAGAAUUGUAUGUAAGUGUGAACAGGUUAGCCUAUGACUUGAUGCCUUAUGCCCUGGUGUACCUUUUUUCUGUUUUGAAAUGUAGGUCCUUUCAGGCAUAAGCCAGUCUCAUCUACAUUAAGUAUUUGGACCUCCUCCUCAAUACUCUUCUUCAACAUUUAAGGAAAAUCACUCAUACUACUUACAUCGGCACUCACUGCUUCACUUUGCACUUUAAUAUUAUGUAAAUUUGCACUCACUUUGAAACAAUUGAACCAACCGCUACUGGCAACAAGUUCUUCAUCACAAUCACCUACACUUACUACACGUGCAGCUUUUAAAUCAGGGGUGUCAAACUCAUUUUAAGUCACGGGCCAGAUUGGGCAAAAUGCAGUUUCAUGCGGGCUGGAUCAGUCGGGCGUGUGCAAACACAGCUUUCAUUGCCUCCGUUUUUUCAGCCUGUUCUCAUGUGUCUCAGUCUCUGCUAUAACUACAAAGUGUUUCACAUCACAAAUUCCAUUUCUUAUGAAGAAGACUGCUAAGCAAGCAUUAUUUUUAUGAUUGGUAUUAACUUACAAUCAUAGGUUUCAUAUCGCCGGGCCAUUAAUAAUUGAAAUAAUAGAUCUAUCUAAAAUGAUCUCGCGGGCCAGAUAUAAUUGUACGCAGGGCCGGAUAUGGCCCACGGGCCUUGAGUUUGACACCUAUGUUUUAAAUCAUUGAAAAGGUUUCCAACUCUUUCUUGCACUUAAGUAAGGCUAAUAGGCAAAUUACACUGAUUUUGAUCAUCUAGCCGAAUUAUCAAUCGCCUUUCCAUUUCAAUAAUUAAACCGCUGCAUUGCUUAGUAUUAAUUAUAACUUUCAUUGGGGCAGGGUAGUAGCCUAAUGCUUUUCCAAAGACCGAUGGUGUUUCACCUCUUUCCAAUCGCUUUAUUAUUUCCACUUUAUUUUCAAUCAUGAUCAUUUUCCUUUUCUUUGAUGCAUCAUCAGCACUUACAUCGGAUUUACACUUCAGAUGCAUGGUUACACACACAUAGUAAAGUCCCUGUAAAUGUAAUGUGCAGAGAGUGAGAUAAACAUGAGAUGGGAAUUAUUGAUCCAUUAUUUUAUCUUGUUUACCGCGUCCGUCAACGGAACAGAAACACUGCAGAUUCAGAAGCAGCUGCUGGUGGUGAGUCCUAAGCUGCCCCGGGUCCUAAAGUCCAUGCAUACUGAGACAGGUUAAAUGGGACAAGUGGGGGAAGUCCUGACUAGAAAAAGGGGGUCAAGUUGAAUCUUGAUAAGAACAAUUUAAGCCAAAUAAAAGUUACACACUCAAUACAAUGUUAACGGCAACGUGAUCCGAUAUAAAAUGGCGGAAGGUGUUCUCCUUCCUCAAGCUGAUGUAUUUUUAUUAUGAUAGGCUUUAUGGCAGUCCGUUCAUAAGUACGAGUUGUCUGAAAGUCAGACGUUCGUAACCCAAAGACUGCCUGUAUAGUAGGUGAUAGCCCCCCAGCCCAGCCAAACUUAAGAAACCUCGUUGGGGUGGAUGCUGCACAAUGUGUACCCUGAAAUAACAAACAGUACACAAUUUGUGAUUAAACAGUUAAGAUGUAUAAUUCUUACUUUGACUAUAGGGUUAGUAAAGAAAACAAAGAAAAUGAGCCCACUCUCUCCAUUCGCGUCUUCUCAUCUCUCCCUGGCAAAAAGACCGUAAAAAUCUCCAGUCCAGACUCACACGAAAGAAAAACAUUUCUGUCAUUGAAUAGCCCCACAUUCCAAAACCCUGUUAUCUCUAGUCAUAACUUAAGCAUUGCUGCUGCAGAGAAAUCAUUACCGUAGCAGUGAAACAUUACAGAUAGGCCAUUAUAUCAGCAGUGAAACCUUACAGCAUAUUAUACUUGUGACACACUACCAGGUUCACACUCGGGAGAGAGUUUCAAUAAGCUGCAUGCUAGAUAUUUGUUCAUCACCUUUGCUGGAUGCGAUUUUUAGAUUGACUGUUGGUGCCGAACUCUGCAGUUAUUGCUGCUGAUCACAACACCCAGUUCUGCGCCCUGGACACUGGGCAUGGGAGGAGUUUCUCCUGCUGCAUUUUCAGCUUUAAUAAGACGUGUUUAAUAUUAUGGAUCUGAGACAAAUAAAUAAGUUCUAUUUUGAACUUUGUCUCUGGUACUGAAAGAAUUUAUAACACACUGUGUACAGUUGAGAAUCAACUCAGGCCAGUUGGACCCUGCCUGUGAUUCUGUUCCAUGACAGCCCUCCCCUUUUGCUCAUCUCUCACUCUCCCUGUGGUGAUGGGUUCCAAAUAGUCACCAGCCUGUGGGUGAAGAGGUUUCCAUUGAAUUUUCUGCAGACUGAAGAAGUCAAGAUGACUGCAGUUCUGCCUGAGAUGUUCUUUGCCCCUCUAGUCUCUGGGCUGAGGAAGAAGGAUAUUGGGAGUUAAUCUCCUUACUCAUGACUCAUUUCUACAUUAUGGAUCAUUUUCCCUGCUUCUAAAGGGUUGCUGAAAAGACCACUGUCCUCUAAAAACUCAAAGAGGAUGGGAAACCAUCAGUUGGAUGUUCAACAAAGCAGGAUCAGAAACCAGAGGCAGAGUUUGGGGCUCUGGACAAUGGUAGAGAUAAAAACUUAUGAUGAGAAGGGAAUCAGCAGCCGAGUGUGGCAACAUAUGACAGAGCAGCAACAUUUGGAAGCUGAUAAAUAGAGGAAAUAUUUUGAUUGACUGAUGACACAAACAAUGCCUGUGUUCAGGUGCUCCACUGGUCGAGGAAAAUGUGUGUGAUGGGAAUGGUUUUAUCGAUGGAGGGAGUUGAUCCUGUUGUUUGUCCAAUAAUAACAGGGAGGGCAAGAAUCCAGAUGCUGUGGUCCAUGUCGGGACCAAUGACGUGGGUAGGAUGAGUGAGGGGGUCCUGCAUAGGGAGUUCGGGGAGUUAGGUGCGAAGCUGAAGAGCAGGACCUCCAUGGUAACAAUCUCAGGAUUGCUACCUGUGCCACGUGCGAGUGAGGCCAGGAACAGAAAGAUUAUAAAGAUUAAUACGUGGCUGAGAGGAUGGUGCAGGAGGGAGGGCUUCAGGUUUGUACAUAAUUGCGCUUUGUUCCAGGGAAGGUGGGAUCUGUUCCGAAGGGACGGUUUACACCUGAACUGGAGCAGUACUGACAUUCUUGCAGGGAAGUUUGGUAGUGCUUCUUGGGGGGGGGGGGGGGUUUAAACUAAAUUUGCAGAGGUCGGGGAUCCAAAAUAUGAGAGAGGAUAUCGAGAGGAAGAAUAAAGGACAGGUGGGGACGACACGGAUCCGGAAUAUUAAGUGUGUGGUAGAGAAAGGUGAGCCAGAACAAGUGAUAAGGAGGACACAUGUACAGAGGGAUGGUCUGACGGAAUAUGGAGUUAAAUGUGUUGAAAGAAUAAGUAAAUUUAGGAAGGACAACAAAAUUCUAGGGGUGUGUAGCCCGAUGGGAGUUCGGGAGCUGGGUUAAGCACAAUACGCAGCGAUUCAAACAGAGAGAGGGGAAAUGGGCUGAAAAUUCUAUAUCUGAAUGCACGAAGUGUCAGAAAUAAGGCGGAUGGGCUUGAAGCCCAGGUGCGAAUGGGUAACUAUGAUGUUGUUGGGAUAACGGAGACAUGGCUGCAGGGAGAUCAGACCUGGGAAAUGAAUGUACAAGGGUAUACGUCCUAUCGUAGGGACAGAAAUGUGGGCAGAGGGGGUGGGGUGGCCCUGUUGGUGAAGAAUGAGAUUAAGUCCUUUGCAAGGGGGGACAUAGGGUCAGGAGACGUAGAGUCUGUGUGGAUAGAUCUGAGGAACAGUAAGGGCAAAAGGACCCAAAUGGGUGUUGUCUACAGGCCACCAAACAGUAGCAUGGAUAUUGGGUGCAAGUUGAAUAGAGAGUGAACAUUGGCAUGUGGCAAAGGUAAUCUCGCAGUAGUUACGGGGGAUUUCAACAUGCAGGUGAACUGGGAGAAUCAGGUUGGUGCUGGACCACAGGAUAGGGAGUUUGUAGAGUGCAUACGGGAUGCAUUCUUGGAACAGCUUGUAAGAGAGCCGACCAGGGACACGACUAUUCUGGAUUUAGUGUUAUGUAAUGAACAGGAUUUGAUAAGCGACCUUGCAGUAAAGGAACCAUUAGGAGGUAGUGAUGAUAAUAUGAUGUUUUUAUCUGAAAUUUGAGAAGGAUAAGGGCAGCUCGGAGGUGUCAGUGUUGCAGUUGAACAGGGGAAACUAUGGAGCCAUGAGGGAGGAGCUGGCCAAAGUUGACUGGACGGAUAGCCUAGCAGAAAAGGCAGUGGAUCAGCAAUAGCAGGUAUUCUUGGGAAUAAUGCACAAGGUGCAAAAUCAGUUCAUCCCCCAUAGAAGGAAGGAUUCAAAGUGGGGAAAGGGGCCACAGUGGUUGACAAAGGAAGUCAGGGAUUGCAUAGCAUUAAAAAAAAGGAAGUAUGACAGAGCUAAGGUGAGUGGGAGGACAGAUGAUUGGGAAGUUUUUAAGGAACAACAGAACUUAACUAAAAAGGCAAUACGGGGAGAAAAAUGAGGUACGAACGCAAGCUAGCCAGGAAUAUAAAGGAAGAUAGCAAAAGCUUUUUUAGGUAUGUGAAGAGAAAGAAGAUAGUUAAGAUCAAUGUUGGGCCCUUGAAGAAUGAAUUGGGUGAAAUUGUUAUGGGAAACUGAGAAAUGGUAGAAGAAUUUAAUCAGUACUUUAGAUCUGUUUUCACUAAGGAAGACACAAGCAAUCUCCCAGAUGUAUGGAUGGGCCAAGGGCAUAGGGUAACAGAGGAAAUGAAACAGAUUGACAUUAGGCAGGAAACGGUGAUGAGAAGACUGAUGGGACUGAAGGCUGGCAAAUCACCAGGUCCAGAUGGUCUGCAUCCUAGGGUACUAAAGGAAGUGGCCCUGAAAAUUGCGGAUGCAUUGGUCAUCAUUUUCCAAUGUUCCUUAGAUUCAGGAUCAGUUCCUGAGGAUUGGAGAAUGGCUAAUGUUAUCCCACUUUUUAAGAAAGGAGGGCGGGAGAAAACAGAGAACUAUCGACCUGUCAGCCUGACAUCGGUGGUGGGGAAGAUGCUAGAGUCCAUUAUUAAGGAUGAAAUAGUGGCAUAUCUAGAUAGCAGUGAUAGGAUUGGGCCGAGCCAGGGGCCACAGGUAAAUCAUGCUUGCCUAAGCUGUUCGAGUUUUUCGAGGAUGUAACCAGGAAGUUGGACGGGGGAGAUCCAGUGGAUGUAGUGUAUCUCGAUUUUCAGAAGGCAUUUGAUAAGGUCCCACAUAGGAGAUUGGUGUGUAAAAUCAAAGCUCAGGGCAUCGGGGGGAAGACAUUGACAUGGAUAGGAAACUGGUUGGCAGAUAGAAAGCAAAGGGUAGCAGUGAAUGAGUGUUUCUCGGAAUGGCAGGUGGUGACUAGUGGGGUGCCACAGGGCUCGGUAUUGGGACCACAGCUGUUUACCAUUUCCGUUAACGAUUUAGAUGAAGGCAUUGAGAAUAACUUCAGCAAAUUUGCUGAUGACACUAAGCUGGGUGGCAGUGUGCCAUGUGAUAAGGAUGUUAGGAGAAUUCAGGGUGUCUUGGAUAGGCUGGGUGAGUGGGCAGAUAUUUGGCAGAUGACGUUUAAUGUGAAUAAGUGUGGGGUUAUCCACUUUGGGAGUAAGAACAGGAAGGCAGAUUAUUAUCUGAACGGUGUAGAGUUGGGUAAGGGAGAAAUACAAAGAGAUCUAGGAGUCCUUGUUCAUCAGUCACUGAAGGUGAAUGAGCAAGUGCAGCAGGCAGUGAAAAAGGCUAAUGGAAUGUUGGCCUUUAUUACAAAGGGAAUUGAGUACAAGAGCAAGGAAAUCCUCUUGCAAUAGUACAGAGCCCUGGUGAGACCACACCUGGAGUAUUCUGUACAGUUUUGGUCUCCAGGGUUAAGGAAGGACAUCCUGGCUGUAGAGGAAGUGUAGCGUAGAUUCACGAGGUUAAUUCCUGGGAUGUCUGGACUGUCUUACACAGAGAGUUUAGAGAGGCUGGGCUUGUACACGCUGGAAUUAAGGAGAUUGAGAAGGGAUCUGGGUGAAACAUAUAAGAUUAUUAAGGGAUUGGACAAGAUCGAGGCAGGAAAUAUGUUCCAGAUGCUGGGAGAGUCCAGUACCAGAGGGCAUGGUUUGAGAAUAAGGGGUAGGUCAUUUAGGACAGAGUUAAGGAAGACCUUCUUCUCCCAGAGACUUGUGGGGGUCUGGAAUGCACUGCCGCGGAAGGUAGUGGCGGCCAAUUCUCAGGUUACUUUCAAGAAGGAGCUAGAUAGGUAUAUUAUGGAUAGGGGACAAGGGAUAUGGGGACAAGGCAGGAACCGGGUAUUGAUAGUAGUUGAUCAGCCAUGAUCUCAAAAUGGCAGUGCAGGCUCGAGGGGCCGAAUUGUCUACUUCUGCGCCUAUUGUCUAUUAUAUACAGAUGGUUAUUGUGGAUUGUCCUAUCUGUAAAAAUGUAUUGAUUAUCAUAUAAUUUGUUAGAUUUUGACUCUAAAACUGGAUCAUGCUUGAAUUUGUGGUACCUUUAUGAACUGAUGGAGGGCAUUCAUGAGUUUGUAUUUUAAAGCGAGAUUUUGGUGAAUGCUAUUUGCCACUUGAUUCUACUUGCGUAAUUGGUCAGAUCGAGUAAAACUGCUACA